CAGUAAUGAGAAAGUAGGAAAUAGUCAAAUAACUAAUAUACGAACAAUCGUGUAGUCAUGUACAUCAAGGAAUAGUGUUCUGCAUCCCCACAUCCCUCAAAGAAUCGGGAAACAAGUUUGAUGGUGUGAAAACAAGUGCAGCAGCCAUCUAGAGUCUCCCAAGGGAAUUCCUCAACGCGGGGAGACCCUCCCAAGCGACCAUUAGCUGUACCCCUGUUAACGUGGGAUUUAAGCACAGCGGUCAACUGUGGCAUAACGCUAAAGCAAGUGGGAAUGGACUCACAGCAUGUGGAAACUGACCCCUUUGUGCUUGUUGAGCUUGGAAUGUGAACAUCAUGAUCUUCCAUGCUGGUUGGAAGGUCUACUCUGUAGGCACUCCUUGCCAAUGUAUUACAAAAUCUAGAAUGACCCAAACAAGGGUGGGCGCUUAUGGGAGUGACACUGUAGUACUAAUGCUUGCACUAAGGUGUCAAGUUAACCUAAAUCCAUUAGCCAAUUUCGUAACUAAUGAAGUGGAUGCGAUUAUAAGUCUGAUCCAUGCAUGAUUGAGCUAAUUUGAGAUGGUAGUGUGCAUCACUGAGGAUUUUAUCUAGUCUUCAGUGUUGCAUCUAUUGCAUCCAUUUUAGCAAGGCAACGUUCAAGGAAGAGUAGAUGUGUGGAGCCAUGGAAAGCUUUCAUAGAAUAAUGGAAAGUGGCAGUUCAAAGAAUGGUAUAGAAGGAUGUAUUAUAGAAAUUUCCAUACAUGCCAAAGAUGGUACCGAUCUACAGGGGUCAUCUGUCAUCAUCACGAACUAAGCAACACAAAUACAUGCUAAUGGUGUGUGAAUCACCACCUUUUUCUGCUCGUCUGUUUGUGGCUGGUAGGAUGAAGAUUUACCUUGGAGCCCACUAAGAGUAAAUAGUUCUUUCUAAAAGGAGAUUGCGAAAAUUGCAUCAGUCACAUUAGUUUCAGGGAUGCCAUUGAGUUUGAAAAUAUUAAAAAAUAAUAGUUGCCCCACUGAGGCAGCAGAAAAGGGAUGGAUCAAUGCUAUGAAAUGAGAACACUUGGAGAGCCUAAUAAUGAAAAAAUGAGCAAUUUUUUCAAUGACCUAGAGAAGGAAGGCCUUCAAUGAAACCGUUCGAUAUAACAGACCAAUAUACACAUUUAUAUGGAUAAAGGUUGGAUGGUUGGAGCUACCCGGGCACCCAGAAAAACUCAUACUCUUCCACAUAUUCUGUUUGUGUAUUGCACAUUCUCCAUUCGACCACAAAAUCCCGCGUCUUGUUCUAGGCCAAGAGAAGUCACCCAAACGGUGAGUAGUUUUCUGAAAGCCCUUUUGAUGGAAAUCAUGUAUAUGCAGUGUUUAAGAAAUUAAGGUAGAGGUGGGAGAAUCAAAAACUUGUUGCUGAGGAGAAAGAGUUCAUCACACAUCACCCAACAGGGUAACCUAAGGUUUUAAAGAUAAGGCAUGAAAACUGUGGAAUGUUAUAUCUCGUAGUGGAUGGUAUCUAAAAGAGGUGAGCACACAAUAGGAGAGUGAUAUUAAGAUAGGGCAUCUGCAAUGGUAUUCAAUAUGCAUAGCUUGUACUCAACAAUAAAGUCAAAACUCAUUAAUUAGCUGAUGAAAUGUUGUGAUGAGGUAGUGAAGCAUAAAUGGAGAUAUCAUUCCAUACAAAUGGUUGUUGGGGAUGACGAAACUGUGACCCCACAAGUGAUGGCGCCAAUGGGGCUGCACGUGCUAAGCCUAUCAAUUUCCUUUCGAAGAUUGGCAGUUUAUGGUGUCUACGCACCAACUGAUUGCCUAAUGAGGGCAAUCAUGUUGCAAAACAGUGCCAACAACGGUUAAAUCGGCUGAGAGUACUUCAGUCGAAGACAAGGCAAAAAAGGUAAGUUGCCCUCACUUUGCAUUGACCGGUGAUUGUGGCCUCAGGUGUGCAGGAAACAGGUUUUUUGUGAAGCAUUUUGGCAAGCAGGCCUACUUAAAAGUCGUAGUCCUAAAUGAAACAUCUAUAAAAACAAAUGUCAACCAGGUAAAUGCAGAUUGAAGAUAGCCCGACCACAAAUAAAGCUUGGUGAUGAAU